AUCACGCGUGCCAUUGCGCGCCGCCGCCCGCAGCACGGCGGCGACGGGCGGCCUCUUCGCCGCGCCGCCGCUGUACUCGCUUGUCACGGCGCGCCUGUGGGGCGGUGUGGCGGCGCCGCAGUCGGUGGUGCUGCUGGCGCUGGGCUUCGCAGUAGCCAUGUGCGCCGCGGCACACUGGAUGUCGCGGCGGUUGUCAGGGCGGCUGCGGGGGGAGGUGGCAUCGUUGGGGCUGGGGCUGACCAGCUCAGCCGCGGGCGGCAGCGGCGCGCAGUCGGCGGCUGGCAGCUCUGCUGGUGGGCCCGGUAGCGCGCGGCAGCGCAGCGGUGCGACGGCGGGCGGGGCAGGCGGUGGCAGCGCAUACAGUGGCGCCGGCGCCCGCAAAAGUGGCGCGGCUCUUGCUGCGGCCGCCGCCCCUGCCAGCAGCGCAGGGACCGCUGCGGCCGGCUCCAAAAAGGCCACUGCAGCCUCCUCCACAUCCCCUAGUACUAGCAAUGGCCACCACCCCACGUACGGCCGCACGCCGUCAGGCCGCGGGAGCGGUGGCAGCAGCCCGCCGCACGACCCGACGCGCCCGCCGGCUUCCUCCGGCAGCCGCACUGGCACCUCCUCUAGCUUUUCGGGCCUGCCUGCGUCUUUGACCGGCGCUGCCAGCACCUGCACACCCAGCAGUGGCGGCGGCGGCGGCAGCACUGCUACCGCGCCUGCGCCCGACCCCGUCAGCGUUCAGGCGUCAGCGCGCAGCCUCAGUGGCCGCGAGGGCAGCACAGCGCACGCCGGCUCUAGCUUGCACGACCCAGCCGCACCCAGCCCGCGCACAGUCGGGGGCUCGACCGCUGCGUCAGGGUCGUCCAAGCAGGCUGGCGGCGGGAAGGGCGGGAGCGCUUCAACAGCAGCUGCAACAGCCCACGACCCCGUUGUCGCCCCGUCCGCAAGGACUACGGCAGGCGCUAACUCCAACACUAGCAGAACCUCGCAGCAGCAGCACGCGGUAGACCCCGUGGCGGCACCCGCCGGCAACGGCAAGUCGUCGAAGGGCUCGGCAACGUCAGUCACGUCGGCCUCCGGUGCGGCCGCUGCGACAACGACAAAUCCCGUGGCGGCGCCUAGCGGAGGGAAGGCGCAACAGGCCAACCUGACAACCUCCUCGUCAAAGCAGCAACAGUCUGCGGCGGCGGCGGCUGUAGACCCCGUGGCAGCGCCCGCGUCCAAAAAGAAGGGCGGGAGCGCGUCGUUCGGGUCCGCAGCAACCGCGUCGGCCACUGUUGUCGCCACUGCAGCCACAAUGUCUGUGUCAGUUGCCCGCCAGGGCUCCGGCUCAGCUGGCGCGGCUGGUGGGGGCGGCGCCGCCAGCAAAGGCGGCGCGGCAACUGGCAAAGCUGCAACGAACGCGUUUGCGCCAUCUGCUGCCGUGACCGGCUCCUCAGCCUCCAGCGGCGGCAAGGCGUCUACCCCUAGCAACAACCCGGUCGCGCCCGCGCCGGCGGCAGCCGCCGCCGCCGCGUCUGGCAACACCACUAGCACCACCGCUGCCGGCGGCGGCCUGCUCGCGCGCCUGACCGCCACCGUUAGCUCCGCUGCCGCGGCGGCUCCAGGGCUGGCAGGGAGGGCGGGAAAGAAGGCCGCUGCGCCGCCGCCGCCGCGCAAGGGCCCCAACCCGACACCCACCUACAUUAUCGUGCCCCCGCCGCCCCCGCCGCCGCCGCGUAACAAGCCGCCCGCGGCGGCGGGCGCGGCGGCGGGCGCGGCGACAGCCGCCGCUGCUGCUGCAUCAACUGCGACGGCAGCAGCCCCGGCGACGCCAGCUGAGCAGCCCGUUAAGAACGCAUGGCUGAACCCCAACCCAGUCAUCAAAAUUGCCAGCGGCGCUGCCAAGGGGCCCAAGCCGUCUGCAACAGCACUCGCCGUCGCCGCUGCCGCUCCUGCAAGCUCCACAGUCGCUGCAGCGGCGGGGAAGCAAUCAGGCGCCGCCAACAGCGGAGCGGCGGUCGGUCGCGGCGGGCCGCCGCCGCCGCCGCCGCCGCCGCCCGCUCGGACCACGUCCGCCGCCUCUGCCGCCGCCGCCACAGGUGUCACGACUGCCGACCCUCCGCUGCUCAGCACGCGCACCUCCGCCGGUAGCGCCACUGCCUCGGCCUUCGCUGACCCCGUGGCGCCGCCGCCCGGGCCCGGCGCCGCUGCCGCCGCCGCCGUCGGCGACCCCGUCGUGUACCCUCCCGGGGGCCACGGCGGUGGCCUGCUCGCCAACGGCGCUGCCGACGGCCACGCAGUCGGCGCCGGCGGCGCGCCCAACGGCCUGGUAUCCGCCACCAUCAUGACGUCUGACCCGAGCUUGGGGCCGCUGGUGGCGCACAAGCACGCCUCUGGCGACCUGGACAUCGCCUCCGUCGCCGCCAACUACCGGCCCUACCCCUCCGCCACCAGCAUCCCCGCCGCCGACGUCGACGGCGACUCGUUCUCCUUCUUCUCCAUCCCGCCGCCGGUCAUCUCCGAGGAGGGCUCCGCCGACCCCGCCGCCACUGACGCCGCCGCAGACGCCGCCGCCGCCACUGCGCUCAUGGCGCUGUACGGCGGGUACGGCGGUGUCGGCGCGCUCGAGGCGGCGAUGCCCGGCUUUGGCGCGGACCCGGUCUGGAGCCCUAACCCGCACGUUGCCGGCGUGGGCGGUGUCGGCGCCACCAUGUUCCCCAGUAGCGGCGGCGCGCCGCUGCCGCCGCCGGGCUUUCCCAGCCACGCCUACGGUGGCGCCUUCGCCACCGGCCCGCUGCCGGGUGCCGGCGCCUGGGGCGCCGGCCGCGGCUCCGCCGGCGGCGCGGCGGCCGCAGAGCCGGCGGCGGCGGCCGCAGAGCCUGAGCCGCUGCCCCUGCCGCCGGCCGGCGACAACGCGGUCCUGGCCUCGCUGGGCUUUGUGGACGACGGCGUCGGGCGCUAUUUGCAGCCGCGCGGCCCCAGACUCGUUCCCUUUCACGGGCAUAGUUAGUGGGUGGGCUUUGGGAUG